CAUCAACCUCGUCUCCGCUCCAAGGUAACUAAGUACGUGUACGAUGCAACACUGAGGUGAAUCAUGGCAAGUGGUAGAGAUCUUGGGCACUGGUUUUUCUUCCUGUUGGUCACCUGCAUUGUAUUGGUGGUCUUUACCCUUUCCACCGUGCACUGCAGCUCAUUGCCUCCUCUGGCAUAUACCUCUUAUGAAGUGAUAAUUCCAAGGCGGUUGGCAGCACAGAUGGGGGAGACAACCAAGGAUGAAAUAUCCUAUAUCAUCAAGGCAGCAGGGAGGGACUACAUCAUCCGACUCAAACCCAAAAAGAAUUUUCUGGCUAAAAACCUUCCAAUCUUCACAUAUAAUUCCAAGGGGGAAUGCGUUGAGAGCCAUCCCUACAUCGCAGUUGAAUGCUACCAUCAAGGCUAUGUGGAAGGCAUAGUUGAUUCACUUGCAGUUCUUAGAACCUGUUUUGGUCUCUCUGGUUUCCUGAAAAUCGGUGCAAGAACUUACGGUAUCGAGCCUCUGCAGAAUUCAUCUGCCUUUCGACACCUUCUCUACCUCUCUGAAGAAUCAGAGCCAACUUUCUCAUCACACAGAAUGGGAGUGGGAAGAACAAACCACCAAGCAGAAAAACUGGUGACCAGACAAAUCAGAACAACGUACAAUAAUCUCAAAGACCAAGACUUUCCAAAAUAUAUUGAACUAUAUAUUGUGGUAGACAAAAACCUAUUUGCCCAAGAAGCAAACAAUGUUAGUAGCGUGGAAACUAUAGUGUUGGAUGUGGUGAACAUUGUGGAUGCCACUUUCUCUUCUCUCAACACACACGUUGUUCUAGUUGGACUUGAGAUCUGGACUGAAAAGAACUUAAUAACUAUCUCUGCGGAUAUCAGACAAGUUCUUCGAAACUUCAAUAAGUGGAGAAUAGUCAACAAGAGGAGCACAUACGACACAGCCUUCUUGUUCCUUCGCCAGAGCUUCAGCAAAAUCUCUGGAACAUCCUAUAAAUCUGCCAUUUGCCGGCCAGCUCUUUCAGCAGGACUCCAAGUCUACCUCAAAAAUGAGGUUAUCCGCUUUGUGAUGGGCUUUUCUCACGAGCUGGGCAAUCAUAUUGGAAUGGAACCUGAUGGCUCCAACUGUUUCUGUAGCAAGAGCGUGUUCUGCAUUAUGCGUGGACAUUAUGCCACUGUGAACCUGUUCAGUAACUGCAGUAUUCUGAACCUCAAACGCCUUUACGCACGCGGUCUCUUGGGUUGCUUGCUGAACGUCCCCAGGAUACGUUCCAACUUGGAUUAUUGCGGGAAUGGUGUUCUGAAUGCUGGCGAACAGUGUGAUUGUGGGGGGAAAGGGAGAUGUGAAGAUGACUCUUGCUGCACUCCUAAGUGUGUUUUGAAGGAGAAGGCCACAUGUGCGGUGGGAGAGUGUUGCCAAAGUUGUCAGUACCUUCCCAAGGGGACAAUCUGCCGGGAUAAAGCCAGCGACUGCGAUCUCCCCGAGUACUGCGACGGGCGAUCUGCAAGGUGCCCCAAGGAUUUGUAUGCGCAAGACGGAACACCAUGCGACGAGCACUCUUACUGUUACAGAAAGAGGUGCUGGGACCACAAUUUCCUGUGCAAAAGGAUCUUUAGCAGAGAGGCCGUAGCAGCCCCGGAGACGUGCUAUGCUCUGAAUGCCCUUGGAAAUAAAUACGGCAACUGUGGCACUGAUUCUACAGGGAAAAGGUUUUUGAAAUGCCAGCCCAAGGAUAGCAUGUGUGGAAGAGUACAGUGCACGGAUGUGGGACCGGCCUCUGUCCUGAAGCUCGAGGUACACCGGCACGACGUGCAGAAGACCCCGUGCUGGAGCAUUGCAGCAUCUGGCAACAUCCAUCACGAGGACAUCGGGGCCGUGCCUAAUGGCAUCAUGUGUGCCCCACGCAAAAUUUGCAUCAAUCACAGCUGUGUCCCCAUAACUGCGCUGAACUUGAGCUGCAACUCGAGGAGUAUGUGCCAAAACAAAGGAGUGUGCAACAACCUUCAUAAAUGCCACUGCAAUGAUGGAUGGGCCCCUCCAGACUGCAAGAAGUGGGGUGCAGGAGGGAGCAUCGAUGGAGGGUUUCCUGAGAUAAGCAACAGCACGAAGUUGGUAAAACGUAUUCUGGUAACUGUGAUUCCCUUUUCAUUUGUAGCUGUAGCUGCUGCUAUUGAGAUAAUUCCCAAAGUGGGGGAAUUCUUGGCAUCAGUUACAAGGUGGUGGAGGUAACACUUCAGGCCUGAAACUCAGAAGAUUUCCAAGGAAAAAGCACACCGAAGAAAGCCAAACUCCCAGUGAAGGGUAAUGCUGCCAGAUGAAGCUCCCUAGUUGUCACUGGAAGAUUUAAUUGAAGAUUGCAGUAAAAUUCACUCCAAAGUAUUAGCUUCAAAGUAUGUAAUUCUCUUGCAAUGAGCCCAGAUGAUGAUGAUGAUGAUGAUGAUGACGAUGAUGAUAGCAGCCUGUCACAGUUCAAAUAAAACUCAGAACUUUCCAAAACUGAAAAAAAAGCACUAAUAGCAGAAACCGAAUGAAUAUGCUACGACAGUUUUGGUCACUGAGAAAUGAAAUAAAACGUUAAUUCCUCAGUUGAAAAGAGAAAGGAAAGGGGGGGGGUAAUAAAGGGGUUUCCAUCACUUACAAAUCAGACCUGUGAACCAGAAAGCCAAACAGCGUCCCCCCUUAAACAUCUUAGGAUGUUAGGAAGUGUGAGUCCCAAGCCAGGGGGAUUUAUACUGUAUGAAUCCAGGCUGUUUUGUGAUGGAUGGGAGGGGA